CUUGGAGAUAAAGCCAUUUUUCUUCCGACUGGGAUCAAACAUUGCUUAACUUUGGCACAGUUUCUGAGGCUCUGCAGUGGGUUCCUCAUUUUCCUUUCAGAUACUCGUCUUUCAUGGCAAUGAGGGCUUGCCUUGAGGUUGCAGUUCCCAUCCACCGAGGUACCAUGAGCUUUCAUGUUGCGCUACGAAUCAGAGAGCUCGAGCCGGGCGGAAAACCGGAUGAAUGGGCCUGUAAGCGGGGUUCCCCGAGUGAUUCCCACAGGCUCUGGCCGAGCAACCUCAGCAUCUGAACACCUCACGACUCGCGGAAUAUUCCAGGAUAUCUAGAGUGCUUUGCGUGCAGCGUCAGUUACAUCAACCCAUUUUGAGCCGUUGAUCAGUUAGGGGUUAACCUUAAAUUCUAAAUGCCCAAGUUGGACGGGAUAGAAGUCGUUUGAGCUCUUCCACGAAAUAUCUGUAUCUAAGAAACUCCGGUUUGAUGUCAUGCUUGGAAAUCGUUUAGCAGUCGUCCCAAGGCGUUCGAUCCACUUGCUCAAAACAGGUCCUUGACUUCAUCGAGGGCAGAUGUAAAGGGAGUAACAUUGAACAUUGGAGAACUCACAACCCGAACGCCAUGGUAAUGCUAAGGCCCCCAGCAGACUUCAAGUUGUUUGCCUGCGUCUGAUCCCAUAAAACGGCCAAAAACGCCUGGCGCCGUCCUGAAGACAACCAACCCUGUCGCAGUGCCCUUGUAGAUCAUG